AGGAGUCUGAGCAGCUGCUGCUAGCCCGGCGGGCACCACCGGAGUCCUGCCCGCUGCCGCACGAGUGGCCACGGGCGCGAUCCGGGCCAAACGUCUUGUCCUCCAUGAUCUCUCUGGGAGCCGGGGGAAGACUUUGCCCGGCUGUGCGAGCUGGUGUGCGUUGUCCAAGCUUGGCGGAAACGGUGCAGCGCGAGCAAAAGGAGCUGCAUCUGGAUCAGCAGCAGCAGCAGCAGCAGCAGCAGCCGCCGCCGCCGCCGCCGCAGAGUCCUGAAAGCAGAGGCUACAGCCCGGGGCGUGUGCGUCCCGCGCCUGGCGGGUUCGGUUCCCCACGGAAUGUCCCCGGGGCGCCCCGCGCGCUGACCCUGCAGCCGCCUCCGCCUUGGGCGCCCGCCUGCUCCCUCAGGCGGGCUCGGUGAUCCGGACCGCGAGCUUCCCAGCUUCUGGGCAGUGGGGGAAGCCCCCCGGGGGCGGGUGACCUCAGCUGGCUACGACCCAGUCCUCCCCCGUGCGGAUCUCACUUAAGAUGGCAGCGGAGUCAGGGGAACUAAUCGGGGCUUGCGAGUUCAUGAAAGAUCGAUUAUAUUUUGCUACUUUAAGGAAUAGACCAAAAAGCACAGUAAAUACCCACUAUUUCUCCAUCGAUGAGGAGC